CGCAACGGGGACAUCGUAAAACCCGCUGUGAGGCUGCGAGGAGACAGGGGAGGGGUGAGAAGAAGAGGAGGAGGAGGGGGUCGAUGGGCCAUUCACUCAUUGUUAGCAACUCAAGGAGCGCUGAAGAUCCCGUCGGCACACGUGAAUUUUCAACCAAAAACACUGAGAUUGGCUCCUGAAGUCCAGGAACAGGGAAUAAGAAGACGGCUUCCCCUCAGGUGAUGGAGGUCUAGAAACUCCCACAGCAAUGGAUGUCACCCAACUUUACGUCGGCCAUGUUGGAUAUCACCAAUGGACCCAAGCGGUUUCUUUGUGAAGCGAAACGCCCCCCAUAGCAUCUCAGCUAACCACGACGCCAUCUUACACCGAAAAUACCGUCCAAAGAGCACAGUGGAUUAUAUUCGCGGGCGUACCGCCCCCCUGUCUGCCCUCGUCUCCUUCAGUGGUGACUGUGACGACACCAUUGCUCACUCUACCCUCGGCCCAUGGAGUCCUACCCUAACCCCUGCUACCUCUAGCUUCUGUCCCUGGUCCUCGGCUCCCAUAACCCCCUGCCUCCUCUACCCUACAUCCCUGGUUCUUUCCCUUUUAUCCCCGCUCCUCCCUAGCCUUAACCCCUAGCUUCCUACCUCCCCUUGCCACCCUUAACUCCCUACUCCCACUAGCCCCAAUCCUCGUUCCUUUCUGCUACUAAACCCCACACUGCUCCUUCUAACCUCCACCCCACUCAGCUCAUCACUUCCUCGCCCCACUCCCUAACUCCCCUUCACCUCUCCAGCCAUGGCCUCGUUCCUGGUCCUCACCGUGGCGUGGAUGCUAGCGGCGUGCGCGGCCGUGCCCAUGGACGCGGACGCCAGCAGCCACAGCAUGUUCACGUGCGAGCCCAUCACGCUGCGCAUGUGCCAGGGCCUGCCCUACAACUCCACCUUCAUGCCCAACGUGCUGAACCACUACGACCAGCAGACGGCCGCACUCGCCAUGGAGCCCUUCCACCCCAUGGUGAACCUGCAGUGCUCCCAGGAGCUGCGGAUGUUCCUGUGUGCGCUGUACGCGCCGGUGUGCACCGAGUACGGCCGCGUCACCCUGCCCUGCCGCCGCCUCUGCCUGCAGGCGCGCAGCGACUGCUACCGCCUCAUGGACAUGUUCGGGGUCAGCUGGCCCCACGAGAUGGACUGCGACAGGUUCCCCGACUGCGACGAGGCCUACCCCCGCGCGGCCGACCUCCUGUCCAGCGCCGCCGACGCCCCCAGCGCCGAGUCGCCGGGGGCCGUGCAGCGCGACUACGGCUUCUGGUGCCCGCGCGAGCUCAAGAUGGACCCCGACCUGGGCUACUCCUUCAUGGGCGUGCGCGACUGCUCGCCGCCCUGCCCCAACAUGUACUUCGGGCGCGAGGAGCUGGCGCUGGCCCGCUACUUCAUCGGCGUGGUGUCCAUCGUGUGCCUGUCGGCCACCCUCUUCACCUUCCUCACCUUCCUCAUCGACGUGUCGCGCUUCCGCUACCCCGAGCGGCCCAUCAUCUUCUACGCCGUGUGCUACAUGAUGGUGUCGCUGGCCUUCUUCCUGGGCUUCCUGCUGGACGACCGCGUGGCCUGUAACGCCGCCGCCCCCGGGCGCUUCAGGGCCGCCACCGUCACCCAGGGCUCCCACAACAAGGCGUGCACCCUGCUCUUCAUGGUGCUCUACUUCUUCACCAUGGCGGGCAGCGUGUGGUGGGUCAUCCUGACCGUCACCUGGUUCCUGGCCGCCGUGCCCAAGUGGGGCAGCGAGGCCAUCGAGAAGAAGGCCCUGCUGUUCCACGCCUGCGCCUGGGGGCUCCCGGGGGCCCUCACCGUCACCCUGCUGGCCAUGAACAAGAUCGAGGGCGACGGCGUCAGCGGCGUGUGCUUCGUGGGGCUCUACGACCUCACGGCGCUGCGCUGGUUCCUGCUGGCGCCGCUGGGCCUGGACGUGGUGGUGGGCGUGGCCCUGCUGCUGGCGGGCAUCCUGGCGCUGAACCGUGUGCGCAUGGAGAUCCCCCUGGAGAAGGAGAACCAGGAGAAGCUGGUGAAGUUCAUGAUCCGCAUCGGGGUGUUCUCGGUGCUGUACCUGGUGCCCCUGCUCACCGUGCUGGCCUGCCUGCUGUACGAGAGCAGCCACCGCCAGGCCUGGGACACCACCUGGGUGCAGGAGCGCUGCAAGGAGUACCACAUCCCCUGCCCCUACCAGGUGGAGCAGAGCAGCCGUCCUGACCUGGUCCUCUUCCUCGUCAAGUACCUGAUGAUGCUGAUCGUGGGCAUCCCCUCCGUCUUCUGGGUGGGCAGCAAGAAGACCUGCUUCGAGUGGGCCGGCUUCUUCCACGGCAAGAGACGCAAGGACAGGAUGGUGCACAAGAGCCACCAAGCCCUGGGGUGCCCGGAGCCCGACUUCGCCCAGCUGCUGCUGAGGGAGCCCAGUGGGCCCGUGGUGAGGAAGUCCUGCGGCACCUCCACCCAGGGCACCUCCACCCACGCCUCCUCCACCCACCUGGCCAUGCUGGACCAGCCGGCCAGCGGCAGCACCAGCCGGGCCGGCUCCAUGCGCAGCGGGCCGUCCAAGAGCAGCGGCAGCAGCUACCACGGCAGCCUGCACCGCAACCGGGACGACAGGUUCACCGCCUCCAGCUUCCGAGCCGUGGAGGAGUUCCCGCCCUACGGAAGCCUGCCUCGGCUCAAGGACCAAUCGCAGUCGAGACUAUGCAGCAACAACCGCCUGGACAGCCCAUCACGGCACGGCUCCACCCAGCGGCUGGAGAGCCAAUCGCGGCACAGCAGCGUGAGAGACCUCAGCGUCGCUCCGCAGGCGGUCCACAGCGUUCCCGGACACGGGAUCCACAUGGUGCUGGAGGAAGACGGUCCCAGAGCCUGAGAGACCAAAGCUUGGACACUUUUAUCCGACACGAAAGGUGGCCAUCUUUUUUUCCUGCUUUAGAAAAAGAAAGGUGGAACUUGACCUGAUCACAUGAGUGACACUGGAUUACUUCAGAGCUUUAUGGACACUAGUUAGCCAUUUGCUGUGGUUAACUGUUGGCUAAUGCUAGCCAAAAUGCUCCAUUCAGACUCAAAGGGAGCUGUUUGUUUAUAGUGCUGUCAAGUCACGUUGAGUGGAAUCUGGAUGGCAUCGUCGGUGCUGCUAGAUUCUGCGUACAAAUGACAGGUGGGCGGAGCUACGGCCAGCCAAUCAACGUUCUAUAUUUAAGAUGCCUCAAAAAGGCUCCUCAGGUACAGCCAAUCACAAGCACUGUAUCGAUUCCCUCCAAACACCGCGAGCAUCAAGAUCGUCAUGGUGACCUCCAGAGGAACUAUAUAAUCGUUAUGUCAUGUUAUGUCUGAAACCUGCUGAGGAUGUGGAUGUGAAAUACAUUCAACCGACGAUAGUUAAAGAGAAUGAACGUCCGGAACUACACUAUGGAGGACUAUACUAUACAAGGAAGACUUUUACUGCUCCGUUUCCUUUUUCUGUAGUAAAAUCAAGGACUUGAUAUAGUAGACUAUACAUGCUACUGCUGAAAUAUUUGUGGACAUCAAGGACUUGAUAUAGUAAACUAUAAAUGCAACUACUGAAAUAUUGUGUGAAUCAAGGAUGCUGCUUUCCAGGAUUGUUAGGUCUUUUUAUUUGACUGUGAAUAUGAACACUGAUAAUAUGGAAAUACAGUGGGGUUUUAUAACAUACCCUCUCCUUUGUCUUCUGACUGUGACAUUAUCGGUACACCGUUGAUCACUGGAGCGAAAAACUGCUGAUCUGAAACGUAAGGACGGGUCAUGGCCUUUCUUCAGCUUGUGAAGGUGCCCCCCUGGAAUGGAUUCUGGGAAAUGCCCGAAAAUGUGAACGUAUAUUUGUGAUGAAGUUGAUCACAACCAUGUCAUUGAAACUAUAGCGUAAUAAAACAAAGGUCCCAGACUACCCUAACAUACACUCGGUAAUGUUUCGACCUUUAUGAACUUUCAGGUUAACCUGACCGGUAAAAGGGAAAUGCCAAACAGAGAGAGAAAUUACAUAAACAUUAAAUAUGGGUUUCAGGUAAUAUCUUGUUCAAUCUUUUUUUACGCUAUUUAAAUAAUGGCUUUUCAUCACUGCCGUUAAGACGUACAUAAAUGCUUUUUGGAACACCUCUACAAAUACAAUGGUUUGAUUGAGUCAAAAUUAUGUCAUCACAAAACUGUUCGAAUGGAUUGGGCUCGUCCGCCAUUUUGGAUCCAAGGACUGAACUAUGUGAUGAUCAAUGCCAACCUGCUGCCUUACAGCUCGAAUAUGAUAAACAAUAGUAUAAUUCAACUAGUGUAGAAUUUGCCAAUAGUUUUGUUCGGGUCACAAGAGUUUUGUUUCUUUCAUGGAUUAAAGUUUGCCUAAACAGGUCUUGUGGGCUAUGUAUAGAUAAAAAUGAAACCUUUGUGGAAGCUGUAAUAAAGAUUUUUUUCAAGAGUU